GUCAUUACCUCUGGGAACUCCUUCGAGACGCAUCGCAUGCAGAGGGAGGUGCAGCAGCUCCACGCUGGGCAGUCCGAGGUCAGCGCGGUGCUGGAAAACAUCCUGCUGCGCGUGGACCCCGACGCGCUGUCCCGCAUGAAGCAGGAAGUGAGGAAGACGAACUCGAUGAAGGCCAUGAGGACCCAGCGCAUCGGGCGGCAGGAGUCAAAGGAGCCGCUGGACGGAAGGGAAUGCGAGGACACCUGCGCUUCGCUUGCGAGACAGUCGGCCCAGGCCCUCCGCGACGAAAACGCGGCGCUCCGGGAGCGGCUGCGCCUGACCGAGGCCGCGAUCGCCAAGCUCUCCGCCGAGGUCGGCGGCCGCAGGGGCAGCCCGGUGGAGUUGGAGACGCUCCGAGUUUGACCCCCCGCUUCGGUGCGCUGCAGGUGCUGCAGGCGCAGUGCCCCCCGUCUUCGGGGCGCCGCGGAUCCUGCCGAGCAUGGAAUCGGGAGCUCGCACGCCGGUUUGGCGCGCGCGCGCCGGGCGGCUCAGCUGCGUGUCAGCCGCAGGUGUGGAGAUUGGCGGCGCGCACCAUGGGGGGCGCUUCUAUAACGCGUCGGGCCCGUGGGCAUGGCAGAAUCGCUCCAACGAGCGCCGCAUUGGGAAAACAACAAAAGUCCUGGCCAGGGUGCCCGCUCUCUCCCGCCAGCCGUUCCCGGGCUGGGCACGCCGGGGCCACCCCGCGGCGGGCGGCGCGGGGCGCGUGGGGCGAGGGCGAGGGCGAGUCACGCCGCCGCCCGCCACCGCGCGCUCCCCACCGCAUGGGCCACGCGAGUCUUCUCGCACGGCGGGCGC